GCUAGUAUAAAAUGCUCAGCUCAGCUGCAUUACUAUACAGUUAGUUUCGUAAAAAAGAAAAUAAGCAAUAUUUUGGUUUAUACCAAAAUUUAAUAAUGGUGAGUCUAUACAGCAAAAUUGUAUCCUUGGUGUAUAUACUGUUACUGAAAAACAACUUUGUUCAUGCAGGAAAGCGAGUUCGAAUAUUUAGUGGACAGGAGACCUAUAUAGAAAAACAUCCAUGGAUAGUUUCACUUCUUCAUCCUUCGGACGGUAUGCACAACUGCGGCGGAUCUCUUAUAAAUGCUGAUACGGUUAUAACUGCAGCACAUUGCGUUCAUAAUAAGACGAGCGAACCGGUAUCGAUUAUUGCUGGAACUUCAGAAUGGGCUCAUCCAGGUACUAUAAUAAAGAUCAAAAGUAUAUCAAUGCAUGAAAACUUCUCAACUGAUGGCCGUACAGCUAAAAAUGAUAUUGCUAUUAUUAAGUUAGCAGAAAAAGUGAAGUUUUCCAAUAAAAUUCAGCCCAUAAAACUACCACCAGAGACUACUAAAUUAUCAGAAGGGACAUCACUUACAAUUGCUGGCUGGGGACAAACUACGAUUUGGAAUUCCCUUUUUGGGACACCCACAAUGACUUUGAUGGAAGCCAAAGUUACGGUAUCGAAAUCGGAGAAUGAGAGAAUAAUUAUUACUAGUGACAGAUCAGGAAGUUGCCCGGGUGACUCCGGUGGGCCUUUAGAAUUAAAUGGUAUGCUAGUGGGUAUUGUGUCUUCCGGGCGACGCUAUUGUACGGAUUUUUUUCCCAUUUCUUCAUCCUACACAAAUGUCGCCUUCUUUCGUACAUGGAUAACAGAAAAACUGGAGGGUUAAGCCACAUUAUCUAUCAUUGAACUGUUGUUUGCUCUAUUAAAUGUACUAUAAAAAUUG